AUAUAAGAAAGACUAUGUUUAAAUAAUUAAACAAAUUUACAAGACUUAGCUGAUUUACAAAAUCAAAAUGGUGUCUGACUUUAGAAAAAAGAAGCUGCUAUUCCUGCAUAGAUUCUUUGACAAGGAUGCCAGCGGGGCCGUGGAGAAACAAGACUUUGAGCAGGCGGCGGAGAAUAUUUCCAAGUUGAGAGGAUGGAAGCAGGGAGAUGCUAAGUACAAGGAGACUUUCGAUACACUCCUCAAGGUGUGGAGUGACUUAGAACGUGUUGCAGACGCGGACAAAGACGGGUCUGUCACCGCCGACGAAUGGAUCGCAAUGUGGGACGCCUUCGCUCAGAACCCGUCCUCGGCCCAUGCCUGGCAGAGUGAAUAUUGUAAGUUUAUCUUCCGGCUGCAGGAUGCAACUGGCGAUGGCGGUAUUGAUACUGAAGAGUUCUCAACGGUUUGCGUUUCAUUCGGUAGAAGCAAGGAAGAGGCGGUGUCCGCUUUCCAGAAGAUGUCAAAAGGCAAAUCAACUGUUUCGUGGACGGAGUUCCAAGAACUCUGGAGGGAGUUCUUCGCGGCCGAAGAUCCUAGCGCACCCGGAAACUACAUCUUUGGAACGUCGACUUUUUAAUCCGUGGAGAGCUCAGUGGAGGCAGACCUUUUUCACCUUUUAUGUAGAAAGAAAUGCUAGAAUCAUGAAAAUAUCGUUAUUUAUUAGUGUGUAUAAAAGCGUAUGUAUUUAAAAUUAUUUGUUUAUUAAUAAAUAAUAUUAUUGACACUAA